GCGCUCAAGGAUAGAGAUGCGCUUAGAACGGGUACUGUAAACGAACCCCGCCGUGACAAAGAAUCGCGAAAUCUUGAGCAUAUUAAAUAGAAAAGAAGGGCCUUGAAAUUUCGUUUUGUUAUUGUUUGGUUUUAUGCGAGCCCAAUAGGCUGACUCCUGUAAUAGGUGGCUCGUUUGGUCAUUGGGUUCCAAGUUAUCACAAUCCCGAGAGCGGCAGCGUCAACUUCACCAUGAUUGUCUCCAGGAGCGCAGUUGUAUCGGGCAUUUUGCUCGCAGGAAAUGCAGCAGCUCAUUUAAGGCUCCCACCAUUCUUCCCGAAACAACAUGAAUCAUCAGCCCGCAUCUCGGAUGGGUUCCAGCUCCAAAGCUUCGACUUUGGUGAACAACGACCAUUGGCCGGCCCCAAGGCAGCAACAGCCUCCUCCUCGGAAGAUAUCUUUCCCCCCUUUAAAGCUGGCCAGUUUACUUUGACGCCGCAGGAUGAUUCCACGUGUGCUACAUACGGCGAAUCGCAAUGGACAGGUACAAUCGACGUGACGGAUUCACACCGCUUGUUUUUCUGGUUCUUUGACAGCCGAAAUGACCCUGCUAAUGACCCCAUCAUCAUCUGGAUGAACGGAGGACCUGGCAGCACCUCGAUGCUGGGGCUGUUUAACGAAAUGGGAGCUUGCUGGCUUGAGCCUGGCGCAAACACCACCGUGCCAAACGACUUUGCUUGGAACAACAAUGCAUCGGUGCUGUUCCUGGACCAGCCUGCCGGCGUUGGCCUCUCCUCUCGCGCAGAGGGAUCGCCCGUUCCGGCGUUUGAUAUCGAGGGCGCAUACGAUUUCCAAACCUUUCUCAACAUCUUCUUCAAAGACGUCUUCCCAGACCGUGCCCGUCUCCCAAUCCACAUCGCCGCAGAAUCCUACGGCGGACACUACGGGCCGGUCUAUCUCAAUCAUAUACUCGACUCUCGAAGGCUCAACUCCCGGGAUGCCUUCUGGGGCAACAUCUCGUCUCUGAUACUGGUAGAUGCCGUGAUUGACUUUACUGCCCCCGCUGUGGGCGUAUACGAGUUCCUGUGCAAGGGCUUCGGGAAUCAUAGCAAGAUUAUGAAUGAUACGGUCUGUGAGGCGCUGGGACUCAGUGUGCCCAAAAUAUUCGAGCUAGGGCGGAACUGUGAUGCGAGUAGCGAUGGCCACGAAUGCUGGGGCUUGAUAACAUACGUAGAAGAGGUGGUAAAUCCGUAUUAUUACGCCGAAGUCGAGGCAGGAAAAAGAAAUCCAUUCAAUGUCCACAUUCCCUGUCCUAAUUGGCCCUGGUGCGCGGACAUCAGAAAAGGCAACAUGACAGCCUAUCUCAACCAGGACCACAUCAAAAAAGCUCUACAGUUCCCCUCCUCCUUCGUAUUUGAAGACAUCGAUCUCGACGUCAACUCCGCCUUUGUCUACUUCAAAGACCCAUUCAAGCCUACAACUCGCGAGGUUGCGCGAAUCCUCGACGCUUACCGCACUCCAAACUUGGGCGACAUCCGAGUGCUUGUGCUGCAGGGCAACGAGGACUACAUCGUCAACACCCCGGGCAAUAUGUGGGUGUAUGACAACUUGCGAUGGAGCGGGCUAGCGGACUAUCGGCUGGCUCCGUGGCGGGAGUUGCCAGAGCGGAUGGCUGCCACCGGAUUCUGGAAGAGCUCUGGUCGACUGGCUUUUGUGGCGGUAGAUGGGGCUGGGCAUACCGUGCCGGGAGACGUACGAGAGGGGAGCUAUAGAAUUGCGCAGGAAUGGCUUGAAGGAGGAUGGAGAGCUUGAAAGGGGUGUUAGUUUGCAUGUGGGCCGAGGCAUCUACACAAGUAUGCGUGGGUGAGUGAGUGAGUGUGUGUGAAUCAUACUGAAAGUAGUAUAUCUCAAGUAAGAUAGCUGAAAGAGGUAAAUGUUGCGUGAGACAAUAAUAUGAAAAACCAAUGAGAACACGAGCAAAAGACAACUUUGGAAAAGCCGAUUCUCCCAGUUUUGUGUGGUCCCCGCUAGGUUAACUCGGACGUGGGGAAACCAUCCGAUCCAACGUGG